AUGAUAGGAUCAAAGAGAAUUAUUAGUUCACUGGUAAAGAAUGCUGCCUCUGUAUCAUUCAAACCAUCAUAUUCAACUUCAUCAUCGGUUGCUGACAAAUUCAAGAUUGAUAUUGGUAAAUUGAUUGUUGAAAAGACAAAGGCACCAUUGGCAAAGCCAGCCGACAAGAGCAAGUUGGUCUUUGGUAAAGAGUUUUCCGAUCAUAUGGCCGAGGUUGAAUGGGACUCUGAAAAGGGUUGGAGUACUCCAAAGAUCUCUGCAUAUCACAACCUUUCAUUACCUCCCUCUGCCUCUGUAUUCCAUUAUGCUAUCGAAUGUUUUGAAGGUAUGAAAGCAUACAAAGAUGCACAAGGAAACGUUCGUUUGUUUAGACCAAUGGCCAACAUGGAAAGAUUCCAAAGAUCUGCUGAAAGACUCUGUUUACCAGCAUUUGAUAAAGAAGCAGUCAUUGAAUUAAUUAAAAAGUUGGUAUUAAUUGACAAGGAUUGGAUUCCAGAGGGUAAGGGAUUCUCAUUAUAUUUACGUCCAACGAUGAUUGCCACACAAAAGAGUUUGGGUGUUGGCGCUAGCAGCUCUGCACUCAUGUUUGUGAUUGCUUCACCGGUCGGUCCAUACUACCCCGAGGGAUUCAAGCCCGUCAGAUUGUUGGCCGACGACCGUUACAUUAGAGCAUGGAUUGGCGGUAGCGGAGCCUACAAGUUGGGCAGCAACUAUGCCCCCACCAUCUUCCCACAAUUGGAUGCCGCCAAAAAGGGCUAUCAACAGGUAUUGUGGUUGUUGAACGACCAAAUCACCGAAGUUGGCACCAUGAACAUGUUUGUGUUUUGGAAGAACAACCAAGGCGAGCUCGAGCUCAUCACCCCACCCCUCACCGACGGCACCAUCUUGCCUGGUGUCACCCGUGACUCUAUCCUCCAAUUGGCUGCCAAAUGGGGUGAGUUCAAGGUGUCGGAACGCGCAUUCACCAUGUCAGAGUUGGCUCGUGCCAUCAAAGAGGGUCGUGUCAAGGAGGCCUUUGGCGCCGGUACCGCUGCCAUCGUCUCACCCAUCAAGAGCAUUUCAUACAAGGGUGAAGAAUACCCCAUCCCAAUCGACGCCGCCAAGGGUGCCGGUCCGCUCACCUCUCGUAUCGCAGACACUAUCAUGGGUAUUCAAUAUGGUGAAAUUGAAAGUGAUUGGUCUGUUCUUGUUAAAUAA